CUCAUUAGUGGUUUUCCUCUAUCAAGUGGGGUCUUAAACCAACUCACUAUCAGAGUACUUUUCUCAACAUUUGGGAGAGUAUGAGAAUGUACUGGCAGCACUGGAGGAUUUGAAUAUUUCUAUUUUAAAGGCAAUGGACAAAACAAAGAAAGAUUAUCAGGACUCAUGUAAUCUGGAACAGUUUGUGACUCGCUUUUUGCUGAAGGAAACAGUGAACCAGCUGCAGUCUUUACAGAAUUCUUUGGAAUGUGCCAUGGAAACCACAGAAGAGCAGACACGCCAAGAAAGACAGGGUCCAGUGAAACCAGAGAUCUUGUCAAUUAAUUGGUCAGGCAAACGGUCCAUUCGAAGGCUUCAGAGAACUAAUAGUCUGUCUCCAAACAAUACCAAUUUCAGCAUCUUGAACUCAGCCAUCCAUGCAGAUGAGGACUUCCAGUGGAUGACCCAGAUAAACAGGCUUCAAAAGCUAAUUGACCGCCUGGAGAAAAAGGACUUGAAGCUGGAACCACUGGAAGAAGAAAUACUGGAGGGAAAUGCCAAAUCUCAUAUUCUAAUUGUUCAGCGACAAAUGUUGAUACUGGAAGAGGAGCUAGAGGAAUUCCGUCUAGCUUUGAGGCAGUAUGUGGUAUCUGCAUCUAAACAAACCGGAUGUUUGCACAUUUCUGUGCAGAAAAUCUCAGCUGAAUCGUGUUUUACACUUUAUGAAUUCUGGGAAAAUACCAAUCUCUGGAAAAACCACAUCCAGACUAAUUACAGCAAAACCUUUCAGAGAAGCAAUGUAGAUUUCCUGGACACUCCAGAACUAAUAACAACAAUGCUUGUGCCUGCAUCAUGGUGGGUUCUGAAUAAUAACUGAUUGUCCUCUGUUGCAGAAAAUGUGUGUCGUGUGACAUUUUGUGUGAAACAUCUACUGUAUAGUGAUGGCUUAACUUGUGUUACAAUAGCAAAAACAGGCUUAAUUAAAAUGAUUAAAUAAUAAUGUUAGAUAUAAGUAACAUAAUAAAUGAAUACAUGAUUGGAAGUAAUCUGUUCUAGUUAAUAAAUCAUUAAUUAAUAGGCAAUUGUAAUGAGCAGUACUGGUGUUUUAUUUAAUAACAGAUUUUUUUUUGUAAUACAGUCCAGUUUUCUAUUGUAUUUGUACCACACAACUUCAGAUUACCACAGUAUUUUAAGGAAGUUAUGAAAAUUGGGUAAUUUAUUUCUUGCUUUCAAAACUGAGGAGGUAAGGCCCAAGAACUCUUCACUCAACAACACAUUUAAAGUUUCAACAUAUUGACCUAUAGACGAUAUGACAGAAUCUGAAGAAAAUAUUUUUUUAAAGUAAAUUUUCACAACUAAACAUUUACAAGGUUAAUUUUAAAUUUCCCACCCAGGGAGUGUUUGAAAGUGAUGGAGUACAAAAAGCAAAGGUGAUGGCCAGCCCAUUAGCUUUUUAUCUCCUCCCCCACCUCCCUCAUAUUUUUAGCAGGCUGCUAAAUUUAUGGGCUGCUUUAUGCCUCACCCACCCCAUAUUUUGGGGACAGGUAAGGCAUAAGGCAGUCCACCCACCUUAAGCCUAUUGAAUCCAUUCAGUGGACAUUUGACUGCAAGUUAUGGGUUUUGUUGCAUCUCUCACACAAUUUUUCAGUUUGCAGGGGAGGUUAAAAGGAAGAAGGUUAACCUGACAGCUUUGACAGAGUUGGCUACUGUUAAGCAGCAAGAGUGGGAUUACCUCCUUUUGAAGAGUGGGGUCCCCUGUGCCUAUCGGGGUACUGUCCUGAUCUAUUCAAUCUGACACUCUCACCUUCCCCAUCCAACUUGCUGGGUUCUCCCACCUAAAGCCAUAUUCCCCCAACUCACCCAAAAUCCAAGAAACAUCUUAAUUAUUUCAUGGGGGCUGGUUGUACAGUCCCAACAGUGACUACUACUGUGUUUCAGCACUGCUGGGACUACAACAUUAAUGGCAAUCAGGUUGGUUGCCAGGGCUGCAGGGCAGGAUUUCCUGUCCUUCAAGGGUGGGAGACUCACUUAAAAUUAGUUAUAACUGCAUUAAAUGUAAUAUUGCCAAAUGGCAACCAUAUUUCACAUUGGCAAGAUGUCAAUUGAUUUUUAGGUCAAGUGUGGUGUGAUUAACCAAACCCUCUGUAAAAUCUAUCGCAUAUUUAAAUAAUGUUAUAUGUUGACAUACUACUUAUGUUAGUCCACAGCAAAAAAAAACAAACAAGUAUCAACAGAUUUCUCCAGAUCUAAUUGGUAAUGAUUUGUUGGGGCUUCUGGCGAUAUAUUGUAAUUCCCAAAACUAGCAACCAGACACUGCAGCAGAUCAGAGCACUCAUUGAAAUUCUACAUAGGCAUUUCAUUUUCCUAAAUCUGACUUAAGUUUAUUCUACUCAAAUUUCAAUUUAAAAUAGCUGCAGCAGUGGUUUAUGUGGUAUAAAUAAUGAAUAAUAUAUAUUAAUUGUAAAUUCUGUAGCUUUGUCCAGGAAAAACUGUAACUGCUGAUUUGUGUAUAUCUGUAAUGACCUCGCCAAAUAUGUUGUCAAUUGUUUCAGACUGAUUACAGUGAAAACAAAUCAACCCUAUUACUGUUAUUGAUAGAUGUUUGUGCAGGAAGACAUAAAAUAUUUUAGCAUGUUGGGAUUUUGCCCAUUUGUACUUUUGGCUCUGUUAAUCAACUGUGGUUAUUAAAACUGUUCAA